AGUUUAAAUCGAGCUUUCAACGAGUUCAUGUGUACGGUGUACUACUGUGUUUAUUUACUUAUAAUUGGAUAAUUAAUAAUUAAACAAUUAAUAAUGGGUAUUUUCAACCAGAUGAUUUUCGUUAAUUUAGUAUUUGCGCUGUUUCUGCUGAAGCUGGCGACGUGUAGGCCAGGCGUGCCGUUUGAAUGGCCAAAUAAUAAUGGAGAUGAGGAUAGGUGCAUACAGGAUGAUGUUGAAGUCAUAGAAAUCUGCCAAAGGUGCGCAAAACAAACAAAAUCGCCAAUAGUGUACCCGAUGUGCUGUAAAAACGAAGAAGAUGCCCUUAAUUGGUGCAAUUCCUACAUCAAUUAUGGAAAACCUUCAAAUCAACCCUACUCCUAAAAAUCACCCAAAAUAAUACGUUUUUUUUUGUUUAGAAAAAAACUAGUCUUAUUAUUUUUUGCCAGUAUCUGGAUUAAUUAUAAAAAACUCUUAUUAUCGUGAUACUUAUAAUUAAGACUUAUUUAAAUAGCAAUAAGUAUGAAUGUGAUAAAACAAACAUUUCUUUUACACAAGAAAUGAUUUGUGUAUGUGUUCUGUAUAUAAGGUAUACAAAAUAUAUUCACCCAUUGAAAGUAAAGGGGAACAAAUUCUCAAAAAGCGUUUACAAAAAUGGGUUACUAUAUUUAAACAGGCUGUGAUAAAAUGUUGGAUAGUGUGAUUUGAUUUUUUAAAUAUUUCUAGCAUUUUAAAUGUUUAACUAUGUCUAAAGACAAUGCAAUUUUUAUACCGGAAUAAUUUAUAAAUAAAUACAAUACAAAAAUAAAAUGU